CAGCUUACCAAGUCGAAAGAUCCCUCAUUCCUCUGUAAGCCCCAGUGUGACUCACAAUUUCUCCUUUGGCUAGCCAACUCGGACUGAGGAGUGUUGGACUGACUCACCCCCAAAUCCCACCGUCGAUUUUGCUUUCCUCCGAGUCCGACUCGGUGAAUUCGCUGAAGGUGAUAUUCUUCAGCACCAACAGCAUGAUCAGCAAUGAUAUAGUUUAAUCUGAAGGAUGGAAGAAGUUUGUCUCAAUAGCGAGCCAGUUUUUGAUGAAGGUGAUGAGUAUGACGUUGAAGGAGACUGCACUCUGGUGGAACAUGAUGAUGAAACUGGGGAAACACAAUUGAAGAAGGAACCCCCAUCGCCAACUGUGGGUUUGGAGUUCGAUUCUUUUGAUGAAGCUUAUGAUUUUUACAAUAUGUAUGCUAAACAACAGGGUUUUGGCAUCAGAGUGAGCAAUUCAUGGUUUAGAUCAAAGAAAAAAGAGCGGUAUAGAGCAAAACUUAGCUGCAGUAGUGCUGGUUUUAAGAAAAAGAGUGAAGCCAACAAUCCAAGACCGGAAACAAGAACAGGUUGUCCUGCAAUGAUAGUCAUCAGACUGGUGGACUCCAAAAGGUGGAGAAUAGUUGAAGUUGAGCUUGAACACAACCAUCAAGUGAGUCCUCAAAUCAAACGGUUUUAUAAGUCGCAUAAAAAGAUGAUUCUUGCUGCCAAAAAGGCACAACCAUCUCCAGAGCCUGUUACAGAAGUACAUACCAUUAAGCUGUACCGAACAGCUGUUUUGGAAGCUGACCAUAUUGGAUACUCAAAUUUCAAUGAAGGUAUUAAUCCUGUUGAUAACUCAAAACAUUUGGAACUUAAAGAAGGUGAUGCUCAUGCAGUUUAUAACUACUUUUGUCGCAUGAAGUUGACAAAUCCAAACUUCUUUUACUUGUUUGAUCUUGAUGAUGAUGGGCGCCUGAGAAAUGUGUUUUGGGCUGAUGCCAGGUCCAGGGCUGCAUAUGGUUACUUUUGUGACACAGUUGCAAUAGACACAACAUGCUUGGCCAACAAAUAUGAGAUCCCGCUGAUUUCUUUUGUUGGUGUGAAUCAACAUGGGCAGUCUGUGUUGUUGGGUUGUGGCUUCCUUGGACAUGAGUCAGUAGAGUAUUUUGUUUGGAUUUUGAGGGCAUGGCUUAAAUGCAUGCUUGGAUGCCCUCCGCAAGUUAUUAUUACUGAUCAGUGUAAACCCUUGCAAACUGCAGUCUGUGAGGUUUUCCCUAAUGCUCAUCAUUGUUAUUGUAUGUGGUAUAUCAUGCAGAGAGUUCCAGAGAAGUUGGGAGGAUUGAAGGGAUAUGAAGCAAUCAAAAGACAACUGAACAAAGCAGUGUAUGAUUCAUUGAAGAUAGCUGAGUUUGAAACUUCUUGGGCUGACAUGAUCAAGCAGCAUGGACUAGGGGAUAAUAAGUGGCUUCAAACAUUGUAUGAAGACAGGCAAAUGUGGGUUCCAGUUUACUUGAAAGACACAUUUUUUGCAGGAAUGAUUCCUAUCCGAGAAAAUGAGGGCUUGAAUGCUUUUUUUGAAGGUUAUGUACAUAAGCAUACAUCUUUUAAAGAAUUUGUUGAUAAGUAUGACCUGGCUCUACAUAGGAAGCACCUCAAAGAAGCCAUGGCAGAUCUGGAGUCAAGAAAUUCAAGCUUUGAAAUGAAAACAAGAUGUAAUUUUGAGCUGCAAGUCUCUAAGGUGUAUACAAAAGAAAUUUUUAAGAGAUUCCAAUCUGAGGUGGAGGGGAUGUACUCCUGCUUCAACACAAGGCAGGUGAAUGUUAAUGGGCCUAUAAUAACGUACAUAGUCAAAGAACGUGUUGAGGUUGAGGGAAAUGAGAAGGAAGUUAAAUAUUAUGAGGUUUUGUAUGAGACAACGCAGGUGGAUAUCCGCUGUAUUUGCAGUUUGUUCAACUAUAAAGGUUAUCUAUGCCGGCAUGCAUUGAAUGUUCUUAAUUAUAAUGGUGUCGAAGAAAUCCCAUCUCGCUACAUUCUGCAACGUUGGAGUAAAGACUUCAAAUGCAGGUAUCUUCUAGACAAUAAGUCCGGUAAUAUUGAUGCAUAUAAUCCAAUGCACUGGUAUAAUCAUCUGCAUAAAUGUGCUCUUCCAAUUGUUGAAGAAGGGGCACAAUCUCAAGAACAUUAUAAGAUUGCGUUGCUAGAAUUGGAGGAAUUGUUAAACAAGUUUAAUAAUGUAGCAAAUGACUUUGUAUGACAGAACGUUAAGGUGCAGGAUUUAAGAAAUACCAAAGUCUUUAUUAUAAACCAGUGCCCAUUCAUUCUUCUUUUCUUUUUUUUCCUAUUGAUAUGCUGUGUGUGGCAACUGGCAACUGAAAUAAUAUUUGAUGAUGCUGGAGGAAUUCUUUUUUUUUUUUUUUACCCCAUUUUCCCUAAUUCCUGCAUCUUAUUCUUGUAUGUCAAGCGUUCUGAUUUCUAAUGUGAAAAAGAAUAGUGGAUGAAUAAUAAAAAAAUGACAUUCUGGUGCCCCUGAAGGGUCUUUAGAAUUAGGAGAACUGGUCGAGAGGAGAAAAUCUUUAAUGUUUCUGAUCAAACUUCAACCAAAGAAACCUACGGCAGAUUUAUGUGAAUUUCAUCAUGAUUACAUUUGUAUUUUAGGAUUUGAAGAACAAUUGAUACAGUAAAUUGUUUGAUAUAAAUUUAACAAUAAAUGAUGUUGUGACUUUAGAGAUUUUUAUCUUAUAUCCUUGACAAUUCAGAUCCAUGUAGUAAUAGAACUCCUUCAAUAAAUUUCAUUCAUCUGUAACAAAAAAACUAGAUGGUUUUCAAUACAUGUCAACUCACCAAGCCUUCUUCCCAAAAAAAAAAAAAAAAAAAAAAGAAAAAAAAAGAAAAGAAAA